ACGAACGUGGUGGUGCUCAGCGACCACGGGAUGACGGACGCCGGACCGAAGGAUAAGGUGCGUCUGGAUCUCGCCUCCUGCCUCGACUACGCGCAGGUUAUCAAGACCACAGAACACGCGGGGUACAUCAACAUCCUCCCUACGAAAGGCUAUACAGACCAGGUGGAGGAGUCGCUGAAGAACUGUCCGGACGUUUCUGAGAACGUUGAAAUAGUUAGGAAAGAGAACAUGAAGGAAGGUUACCACUACAAGGACCACCGACUCAUCCACGAAAUCAUUGUGUUGCCAAAGCCAGGCUUUUACAUAAAAUCUCCGGAAACCAACUACUCCCUGCCAGAGCGAGAGGGCACAUCCGUGGGGCAACAUGGCUUCGACCACACACUCCAGCAGACGCCAGACAUGCGGGGAAUCCUGUUCGCUUGGGGCCCGUCCUUUGCCUCGGGGCACAAAGCCGGGAUCGUGGAACAAGUGGACGUGUAUGGCCUGCUGUGCCGCGCCCUUCAGCUCUCGUGCCACGCCUACAAUGGCACAAUGGAUCACGUGGAAGACUUCUUCGACUCCGGUUCCUCCUCCGGUGCCCCGUUCUCAUCCCAUCCCUCAUUUCUCAUCUACCUGUUUGUCGGGGUUGCCUCGGUCAUUGCCAUAGCUGUGAGCGCCACCAGAGGGCUUGGUUGAGGAUGAUGAGGAAGGGGGAGGUUUGAGAGUAGGAUAUAGUCUUUGUGAAAUAAGGAAGAAUGAACUGCAGUGUCUAAAGAAAAAUAGUGGCGUAGCUGGGCUUUUGGGAACCUGAAGGGGGAGGGGGAGCAACUCCUUGGAGAGGCGGCUAGGUUAAUUUAGGUUUCUGAAGAAAAAUAUGAAUGACAAAAUAGGAAACAAAUCGUUUACUUGUUUGAACUUGAACAGAUAAUCAGUUUUGCCGGUACGAAGACGAAUUAAACGGAACAAAUUUCAAAUUAAACGGAAUUAACGGAGGCUUUCUGGGGUACCCAUCCAUAGUGAGGCCCCGGGGUAGUGAAUAAUCGCCCCCACCACCACCACCAGCAACGACACUACUGAUGUGUUUGUAAAAGGGUUAAAAACUGUUCUUCGUCGUAUGUUAAAAUAAGAAAGUGAAACAGUGUGUGUGUGUUUUGAUAAAUAAUGGAUUAUUGGUUGUUGUUACCCAAACUAUUCUUAUGAAGAUCAUAAGCUUAGACACUAUUCUGUGCCCGUUUUCCACUCAGAGAGAGAGAAAAAAAAGGUAUUACAUAUAACUCUGUGUAAUUAUACAGAGACGUGCUGUUGUCAUUUUGUUACCCAAAUGAAGCCUAACUGAAUACUUCUACUGGAAUGUUUAGAAGUAGAUUGUAAGCAUUUCACAGGAACAUUAAAAGGACAUAAAUUCAGUUUAGGAACCAUUAAUUAGGUUGCUUGAUUCUAUGCUUUCAUAUAGUACAGAAAGAAGAAAACCUAUUUCAAAGUCAACAGAUAUUCGUAGUAAAUAUUUAGUCUUGCUAUAUGAAAUGUGUAGGGGAUAAAUCCAUAUAAGAUCAUUUGAUGGAUUUAAUAAUAAUACUUAUCAUCAGAACUGUGUCCAUCAGUUGCAUUUUGCAGGUGUAUUCUUUCACCUCAUUAGUUUAAGUUAUUUUUUUUAGCAUAAUCUCUCUUCCUUGUUAUUAUGAUCUCAUCUGCAUCUACUGGGUAACAAUACUUUUAUUUUCUGUUAAAGAGAAAACCGACAGCAGAUAAAAUUCGAGGCAUAUUGUUUGGCCUUGAAUUCCUGCUGUAUGAUCUUAAAUACAUUUAAAUUUGCUUAUCAACUUUGGGUAAUUUCCUGAGGAAGGUUUAAUGAUCGGUCACUUAAUGCCCUUACUAUUAUUAUUUACCCAAGCAUGUGUGUGAAGUGAAGUCUGAAUUAAAACAAUAUUAAGUCAAA